UAUUUUUUCUUUUUUUAUAGAUUAGCUCAGUUGACUAAAUCUAUUCCGCAAGGAUCAGAUACAUUGGGUUGUUGUGUCGAUUCAGUUCUAUUAAAUCUUCCUCAACGAUGGCGUAAUUGGAUUGUUCGUGGAAUAUUCUCGAUUCUCAUGGUUUCAUUUUUUAUAUAUAUAAUCAAACUUGGACCAACUUGGCUAAUGGCACUGGUCUUCGUAAUUCAGUUUUGGUGUUUCCAUGAAAUUAUUUCAAUCGGAUUAGUUAUUUAUCGUUUAUACGAUUUGCCGUGGUUUAGAGCUUUAUCGUGGUAUUUUCUGUUAUCAUCAAAUUAUUUCUUCUUUGGCGAAAGUCUUAUUGAACGCUGGGCAAUUCUUCUCCGGAAAGAUGAAUUUCUUCAUUUCCUUAUUGUCUAUCAUCGAUUUAUAAGUUUUUUACUAUAUUGUUUGGGUUUCGUUUGGUUCGUACUUUCCUUGCGCAAAGGCUAUUAUAUGCGCCAAUUUUCUUUGUUCGCUUGGACUCAUGUUACACUUUUGCUAAUCGUUUCUCAAUCAUUUAUGAUCAUUCAAAAUAUCUUUCAAGGAAUUAUCUGGUUCCUUGUUCCUGUUUCGAUGAUAAUUUGUUGUGAUAUAAUGUCAUACAUAUUUGGUUUUUUCUUUGGGAAAACACCACUAAUCAAACUUUCUCCAAAGAAAACUUGGGAAGGAUUUAUUGGUGGAGGAAUCAGUACCAUUGUCUUUGGCUUAUUGCUUUCUUAUUGUCUUCUUCGCGAUCCUUUUUUCGUAUGUCCAUUGGAAGAUAUCGCUGAAGAAAAUCAUAACAACUGUACAAUUCCUUCAAUUUUUCAGGAAUUUCAAUUGGGGCGUCCUUUCUCUUGGUUCUUUAAAGUGAUCAAGAAGUCGCCCUCAUUUCAUAUGUAUCCAUUUCUUGGUCAUACGAUUAUUAUGGCAUUGUUUGCGUCAAUCCUUGGUCCAUUCGGAGGAUUUUUUGCUAGUGGCUUCAAAAGAGCAUUCAAAAUCAAGGAUUUUGGAGACGUAAUUCCCGGUCACGGAGGCUUAAUGGAUCGGUUUGAUUGUCAACUACUCAUGGGGACAUUUGUGAAUGUUUACAUUCAUACAUUUAUUAAGGUUCCAAGUGCAAACAAACUUCUACAGCAGUUAAUGUUGUUGCCUGACGAAGAUCAAAUCUUCAUAUAUGAAUCGUUAAAGGAGCGUUUGUUUCAAGAAGGACUUCUUCCUUCACUUAGAUGA